UCCUCAAUUCGUGCUUCCUUCUUAUGAUGACACCUUACCUCCCCUACUCGCUGACAGCUAUUGAACCACUUUUAUCUUCCAUUGCCCCCUUUCGACGCCUGUUUUUUAGGAUAAGAUAGUACCUUCGUCCACAUUCUUUUUGCUUAAAAGUAGAAUCAGUUGUUGGAUUUUCAUGUACUUCCUAUGGUUUCUUCGAAUGUUGGAAGAUCCUCAUAAUUUGGACUACAAAUAGAAAGUUUCCUGACCAUGAUUCGGAAGAAGUUGUUAUCAAAACGUAGCAGUAAGGGAUUGAAGCCGAUUGUGCACUGUUUUGGAAGAUUUCCAUGUCCUUUGUGAUGUAAGAAUCCCUUCCAUAGUCGACAACUCAGUUCUCUCAUCUCUUUAUAGUACUGAACCAGCUAGAGGGACGGUCAUGGAGCAUCAGGGUCCGUGCUGUUGCUGUGUGGAGAAUACCAUUUGACCACAUUACACUGACACCCUCUUGCUUGGAUAUGAUCUUGAUGGACAGAAGGGGGACAAAGAUACAAGCUUCUGUGUGCAGGAGGCACCCUAUUACUCGUCCUAUUGAAGUUGGAAGGGUGUACAACAUAUCUCAUUUCAAGGUUGUUUUAAAUGAUGGUAUUCGAUUGACCCCUCAUGACUUUAGGUUGAUAUUCCAUACCUGCACAAGUGUUGCUGAAAGCUUUGAUGUUCGAAUCCCUCGCAAUGGCUUGUCUUUUUACAAUACUCAGAUUAUUCGUAACAGGGUUGGUGAUUUUACCCACCUGAUUGAUUGUUUGGGAGUUAUUUCUGCUGCUGGUCAAGAUAAGCUCUUCAUAAAAGACAGUCAGCUCACUAAGAUGUUGCAUAUUGAUCUCCAAGAUUCAAGGGGAAAAAUUAGAUGUCUUCUUAUUGGGAGUUUGGUGAACAUUGUUGCUAACUAUUUGGCUUCUAACUGGACUAAGAGGCCUGUAAUUGCAUUUUAGUUUGUUAAGGUCAAAAGCUUCAAAGACAAAUUUCUCAUUGAAGGCACACCUGUAUCUUCAAAAGUUCAUUUCAACCCAAACAUUCAUGAUGCUAUUGAGUUAACUAAAAGAUUGGAUGUUCUUGGUUUGAAUUACCAUGGACCUGUUGGAUUUAUUCCCACUAAUGAGUCUAAUCUGAGCCUUAGGGAUGAAAUGCUUAAUACCUACCCUAGGAAAACAUUAACUCAGUUGCUGGAAACUAAAGAGGUGAUCAAAUUCAUUCUUUUCUAAUUUAGCUCCAUUAUUUGUGUUCAUAGAUUGUUUUUGUAUUUACUUUGAUUAUUUCACUAAACAGGGGGGAUAUUCAUAGUGCAUGCUGCAAUAGUCGGGGUCCUUAGGGAUGGGCAAUGGUCAUAUCAAGCAUGUAGAUGUUUCAGUGAACUUAGAAUGAAUGGUGUUAAGUAUGACUGUCUAAAAUGUCGACGUAGCAUUGGUGAAAUGAUUAACAGCUAUUUUCGAAGAAGCCAGAUUUUGUAUAUUUAUCUAAGAUAAAAAUUCCUUAGAUAACUAAUGGUAGAAUCAAUUGCACCAACAACAGGUUUCGGUUCAAAGUAGAGGUUUUUAAUGGCGUCGACAGCGCCGUAUUUGUGUUAUACGACCCUGAGGCAGAACAACUUACUGGCUUUUCAUGUGAAGAAUUGAUCAAUAACAUUGCACAUUCCUGAAGGGGAGUAUCCUGAGGACAUUGAAAACCGUGUAGCUGGCUUGGAGAUGCUUUUUAUGGUCCGAAACAAAGUUGGUAUGAUGUAUGGCAAGGAUGAUUGCUUUGAGGUGAUGAGGAUUUGCUAUGAUUUGGACAUAAUUGCUAUGUUCCAUGAUCAUGAUGCAAUAGUUACACCCAAUAAGGCCAAGUUUAUGCCAUCUUUCCCUAAGAUGGAGAAGAAAUCAUCUGCUGAUGAAAGUAGCUGGAACAUGAGUGACAAGAGUCUUGGGUUAUCUGAAUCCAGCAGUCUUGAAAGAGGUAAUCGUCGCCUGCGAAGGAAGUUGGUGAUUGACUUUGAGUCAGAAGAUGAGGAUGUUAAUGAUGUUGAGGAAGCUGCUGCUCAGAUCAAAGGAAAGAAACAUGUUGCUGAUACUGAGUUUGAUCUGAAUGAUGAGCCAAAGGAGACAAAUGCUGAAACUGAAACCAAAGAUGUAGUUGGGACUGAAUCUUUAGUUGCAGAUGGAGGCAAAGUUGUUUCCAUUGAUGGUACUCCUAAGGCUGUUGAAACUAAGGAAUUUAAAUCUGGAUUCACUUUAAGUGAAGCUAUUACUGGGAAGAAGUUUAUUGACUUUGCUGUGGAAGAUGAUGAACUUGAUGGCAUAGUGUCUGCAGAUGAAAGCACUGAGGACAGUGAUUCUUCUGAAGGAGAAGACAUGGUGGAUAAUUUGGAUGAAUGUGGCCUUAAAUACAAGGUCAAGAUUGAACCUGUUGAUGAUGACAAUGACAAAGUGCUGAAUAAAGGUGUAUAUGGUGAUGAGGUGAUUGUGAUCUCAGAUGAUGAUGAGGUUGCUCCUUGAGCUUAUCUCUACCUAUUACUAGGAGGUUUCAGACUAUAUAGUCUGAUGUGCUGAAAAAGAUGCAGAUUGCCUUAUCUGACAACAGCUCCAAAAACUUUUUGUUGUAGUAUUAGUAGUAUUAGUAUUGUUGUCAAGUUCAGACCUCACUCUUUGAUGCAUGAAUUGGAUUUGGUCACUGUACCCUGACCACAGUUACACACUCCAAUUCAAUGCUUUUAUGUUUAUGUUUUAAUGUAUCCUGUAGGAAUCUCUGUCAUGUAACUGACAUAACCAGUAUAUGCUGUACUGUGGACCUAUCUAUGUAUGCAAUGGUUUCUUUAAUACAUAUCUGCUUUGAUUGUGUA